GCCUGCCAGAGCCUUUAAGCAGUCCCCGCAGGCAAAAUAAUACAGCAGAAUAAUUCGGUUAUCAUUUUGCCCGCAGGGAUAGUUUCAUGUUUUGGUUGGUCAGAAAAAAUGAUUUCCGUAGAAUUGUAGCGUAAAUCGUUGUAAAAGCGGAAUAUUCUCUGCUUAACCUUUCGUCCAUCUCGGAAAACGAUUCCCGGCGUCGUUCUAUUCAGCUUCACAAGAAAAGAUUAAACAUCGUGAUAAAUGAUGCUCCGAUGAAGAGUCGGCGGGAAUAACAACACCGCGGCGUUAAACAACUGCACUUUUGUUAACGUAAAUUAAUCUCAGACAGCGCCCCCGCGAUGGAAUCGCUCGAGAGCUUCGAACCGCUCGUCAACCCGAUACGAGUGUACCGCAACAACCGUAACCGGACGCUGAAAACCGGCCAAGAGAAACUGGCCGAAGUAUUGGCCAAGAUUGCUUCGAUACAAAAGUCCGCCAACGAAACGGGCAUCGACCGGACGAAGGUUCGUACUUACGCAGUGAAACUUCGACUAAAGAAGAGUUAUGUAUUACGCUACAAGUGUUACGACUGCGGCAGCUGUUUCGCGAAUCCCGAGUUUCUUGAGAUGCAUGAAGAAUCGCACCUGGAACCUCGUGGUGACAUCGAUCUGCGGCAGGAGACACCGGCCUCCGGCAAGCAGAGAGUAAACCUGAAGCAGAACGCUUGGUUUGUGGAGGACUUUGAGGAUGAUUGCGAGGAGGGCGAUGAGGGCGACGAGGACGGUGAGGAGGAACAUAUCGUACAGCUAGACUGUACGGUAGAGGAGGGCGAGGACAUCUUCGACAUCACGUUCGAUCGGACCAAGUGCGAGAAGACGUACACGAUGAAGUACAAGGUAAAGAAGGAGCCAGUGGGCAAGUGCGAAGUCUGCGAGAAGUUGUUCUAUUCGCACGACUGCUUCAAGCUGCACAAGCUGGAGCACGAAAAGUUUCUGGACAUCGCAAACAUAGAGCCAAGCAUCAACAUAAUCCGCUCCCCGCGGAUCGAGGAAAGCACCAUGACGCUUGAUGAUAGCUUCUACGAAGCGCUCGAUGUAAGCGACAUUCUCGAGCGCAAUGGAAGUAAAAGUGCAUCACCCGAAGCUGGAUUCACUCUAAAGUGUAGUAUCACUCCGAGAUCUUCUGGUAAAGGUGCCCCAAAGGUAUUCAGUCGGCUCCAGUGCCAAUUGGCUCCGGCGAAUGAAGAAACGUUGACCGUGAAAAUGGAGCCCUUCUCAGAAACACAGGUAAAGCAAGAACCGGCGGACCAGAUCGUCGACCCGGAUUUCGAUCUGAAUGAUCGUGGUGCAACGCUUGAAACAGUUUUAUCUGUACAAAUUAAAAAGGAAGAACCUAUCGAGGAGCCAGAAGAGAAAAGGAUGCGUAUUGAUCUAGCCUACGAAUGUUGAUGGAAG